AUGAGGCUCAAAGCCGACAGCCAGAUUCAGAAGCUGCAAUGGAUAAGGUUUGCACGGUACGAGAGGUUUGCGGUGGUCUUACAGACCGCAGUGACCCUGACCGCAUCUGUCGGAGGAACUAGCGAUGUCGUGCCGUGCAAGCCUCGCUCGGAUUUGAUGAUUUCAUUGGCGACUGGCGGGAAGCCUGUGCUGCUGGCUGGCUGCAAGCCACGAGCGCUGGCAAGAGCGGCCGACGGGAAGAUGAAGAGAUUUACACCCUCUGAUUUGUGUAUUAACAGGGGCCAAGCGGUGUAUUGUGCCACUGUGAAUGGCAGGGUGUUACUGAGCGUAUCACGUAGGCUCGUUAAUAAAUACGAGCGGUUUCGUUGCUUUGAAUAUCUCCUGCGCUUUUUCCCCCUUCUCAUUGAGAAAUCGGGCAAUUGGGAAAUGCUGCUGCCCACGGAACCGUACGUUCACGUUAUCUGUACUCUUUGUAAAGCAGCGAUGCUUCCAGAUAAUGAAGUCCACGAUCUUGACAUCGUCUUUCGCUUGCACUUUGUGUCUUGCAGACCCCGUCCUGUUUUCGCUGACUUUUUCUUCCGACCACUGAGGUUUCUUUCCCAGACAGAAUCUGUCACGGCUUUCGCAGGAGACACCAUUCUGCUGAAGUGUGAAGUUGUUGGGGAGCCCAUGCCUGUGGUGCACUGGCAGCGAAACCAGGAGGACUUGUUCCCGAGCCCGGCCGACGCACGGGUCGCCGUCCUACCUUCCGGAGCUUUACAGAUCAGCAGGGUUCAGCACGGGGACAGCGGGAUCUACAGAUGCCUGGCGAAAAACCCAGCUAGUUCGAGAACUGGAAACGAUGCAGAAGUCAGAGUUCUGGCAGAUCCAGGUUUGCACAGGCAGCAGUUUUUCCUGCAGCGCCCGUCGAACGUGGUGGCCAUGGAAGGGAAGGAUGCCGUUCUGGAGUGCUGCGUUUCUGGGUACCCCCCUCCCACCUUCACGUGGCUGCGAGGAGAUGAAGUGCUCCCCGUCAGGUCCAAAAAGUAUUCGUUACUGGCUGGCAGUAACCUGCUCAUAUCGAACGUGACUGACGACGAUUCUGGGAUGUACACGUGCGUCGUCACCUACAAAAACGAGAACAGCAGCGGCUCUGCGGAGCUGUCAGUGAUGGUUCCACCAUGGUUUUUAAUUCGCCCUUCAAAUCUUUAUGCCUAUGAGAGUAUGGAUAUUGAGUUUGAAUGUGCCGUGUCUGGUAAGCCUGUUCCUACGGUGGAGUGGAUCAAGAAUGGAGAAGUGGUCAUUCCCAGCGACUAUUUUCAGAUAGUGGGUGGCAGCAACUUACGGAUUCUGGGCUUGGUAAAGUCAGAUGAAGGUUUUUAUCAGUGUGUAGCUGAAAAUGAAGCUGGAAACGCACAGGCCAGUGCACAGCUAAUCAUCCCAGAGCCUGCUGUCCCAAGUUCCAGUGUCCUCCCCUCUGCCCCCCGAGAUGUGGUCCCUGUUUUGGUCUCCAGCCGAUUUGUCCGUCUCAGCUGGCGCCCACCCGCAGAAGCCAGAGGCAGCGUCCAGACGUACACGGUCUUCUUCUCCAGGGAUGGCGUCAACAGGGAACGGGCAGUCAACACAUCUCAGCCUGGGACACUUCAACUUACCGUGGGCAACCUGAAGCCAGAGGAGACCUACACCUUCCGCGUGGUGGCCUACAACGAGUGGGGACCAGGAGAAAGCUCGCAGCCCGUCAAGGUCGCCACGCAGCCGGAGCUGCAAGUUCCUGGGCCGGUGGAAAACCUGCGGGCCGUGUCUACCUCACCUACCUCAAUUCUUGUCUCCUGGGAUCCCCCUGCCUAUGCAAAUGGCCCCGUUCAAGGCUACCGGCUCUUUUGUACGGAGACAGCGACUGGAAGAGAGCAGAACGUGGAGGUGGACGGGCUCUCCUACCGGCUGGAGGGGCUGAAGAAGUUCACCGAGUACACCCUGCGCUUCCUCGCCUACAACCGCUAUGGCCCCGGCGUCUCCACCGAGGAUGUGACAGUCACCACGCUUUCGGAUGUGCCCAGCGCGAUGCCUCAGAACGUCUCCUUGGAAGUGGUUAACUCCAGGAGCAUCAAAGUUAGCUGGUUGCCUCCACCACCAGGUACUCAAAAUGGAUUUAUUACGGGCUAUAAAAUCCGACAUAGAAAGACUACCCGCAGGGGUGAGAUUGAAACACUGGAGCCGAACAACCUCUGGUACUUGUUCACAGGACUCGAGAAAGGAAGCCAGUACAGUUUCCAGGUGGCUGCCAUGACAGUGAAUGGGACAGGGCCCCCCUCGGACUGGUACACAGCAGAAACACCCGAGAACGAUCUCGACGAAUCUCAGGUUCCCGACCAGCCAAGCUCUCUUCAUGUCAGGCCCUUGACAACAAGCAUCGUCAUGAGUUGGACUCCACCGCUGAACCCGAACAUUGUCGUCCGCGGGUACAUCAUCGGCUACGGCGUCGGCAGUCCGUAUGCUGAGACUGUGCGGGUGGACAGUAAACAGCGUUACUAUUCCAUCGAAAAUCUGGAGCCGAGCUCCCAUUACGUGAUUUCCUUAAAGGCGUUUAACAACGCAGGCGAAGGGGUGCCUCUGUACGAAAGCGCGACCACCCGGUCGAUGACAGUCCCAGAUAUCUCCACCCCCAUGCUCCCACCAGUAGGUGUCCAGGCUGUUACACUUACGCAUGAUGCAGUGAGGGUCAUCUGGGCAGACAACUCUGUCCCAAAGAACCAAAAGACUACGGAGGUUCGCUUCUACACGGUCCGAUGGAGAACAAGCUAUUCGACAAGUGCUAAGUACAAGUCGGCCGAUACGACCGCGCUGAGUCACACCGUGAUAGGUCUGAAGCCAAACACCAUGUACGAGUUCUCCGUCAUGGUCACCAAAGGUCGGCGGUCCAGCACCUGGAGCAUGACCGCGCACGCCACCACCUAUGAAGCAGCUCCAACCUCUGCUCCCAAGGAUUUGACAGUCAUUACACGGGAAGGGAAGCCCCGGGCUGUCAUUGUCAGCUGGCAGCCGCCGUUGGAUGCCAAUGGAAAAAUUACUGCUUACAUCCUCUUCUAUACUUUGGACAAGAAUGCUCCGAUUGACGACUGGAUUAUGGAGUCCAUCAGCGGAGACCGGCUCACCCACCAGAUCAUGGACCUCAACCUGGACACCGUCUACUACUUCAGAAUCCAAGCUCGCAACGCCAAGGGAGUGGGGCCCCUCUCCGAUCCUAUUUUCUUCCGGACGCUGAAAGUCGAGCACCCUGACAAGAUGGCGAACGACCAAGGUCGUCACGGGGAUGGUUCCUACUGGCCGGUGGACACCAACCUGAUUGACAGGAGCAGUCUGAACGAGCCUCCCAUCGGGCAGAUGCACCCUCCCCACGGCAGCGUCACGCCCCAGAAGAACAGCAACCUCCUCGUCAUCAUCGUCGUCACCAUCGGCGUCAUCACCGUGGUGGUGGUGGUGGUGGUGGCCAUCAUCUGCACCAGGCGCUCCUCGGCACAGCAGAGGAAGAAACGUGCAACCCACAGUGCUGGUAAAAGGAAGGGCAGCCAGAAGGACCUGAGACCCCCAGAUCUGUGGAUACACCAUGAGGAGAUGGAAAUGAAGAACAUCGAGAAGCCGACGGGCUCGGACCCCGCAGGAAGGGAUUCCCCAAUGCAGAGCUGCCAGGACAUCACCCCCGUCAGCCACAGCCAGUCGGAAACGCAGCUGGGCAGCAAGAGCACCCCGCAGCCCGGUCCUGAGACAGAAGAUGUCGGAAGCAGCAUGUCCACGUUAGAGCGCUCACUGGCUGCCCGCAGAGCCACCCGUGCCAAGCUCAUGAUCCCCAUGGAUUCACAACCAACCAACCCUCCUGUGGUCAGUGCCAUUCCGGUGCCAACACUAGAAAGUGCCCAGUACCCCGGGAUCCUGCCGUCCCCGACCUGCGGAUACCCCCACCCGCAGUUCACCCUUCGGCCGGUGCCGUUCCCGACCCUCUCUGUGGACAGGACCUUUGGAGCAGGAAGAACUGUGAGCGAAGGACCAGCACCACAGCAGCCAUCCUUGCUACCGCAGACGCAGCCUGAGCACUCCAACAGCGAGGACGCCCCGAGCAGAACCAUCCCCACCGCCUGUGUCCGUCCGACGCACCCUCUCCGCAGCUUUGCCAACCCCUUGCUACCUCCGCCCAUGAGUGCAAUAGAACCGAAAGUCCCUUACACGCCACUUCUGUCUCAAACAGGGCCUAACCUCCCCAAGGCUCAGGUUAAAACAGCAUCCCUUGGCUUGGCAGGAAAAGCCAGGUCGCCUCUGCUGCCCGUCUCGGUGCCCACGGCCCCGGAGGUGGCAGAAGAGGGCCACAAGCAGACGGAGGACUCCGCAAACGUUUAUGAGCAGGAUGAUCUGAGCGAACAGAUGGCCAGUUUGGAGGGGCUAAUGAAGCAACUCAAUGCUAUCACGGGCUCAGCCUUCUAA